AUGCCUCUAGCAUUGUGUGGUGGAGUUGGCCUUGGUGAAAAGCAUCCAGUUGACAUUACGGUGAUGGCACAGAUGGGUGAUCGGGCUAUCCUCUGUUGCCCUCGUUUACCUUGGAAAGAAGUACUGGUAACAACGUGGGAAAUAAUCCUGACAAACAAGGUUCCCUGCAAAAUUGCCUACAGAAGUUCCACAAAUGAGACUGUGAAAAAAAACUGUACGGAUGAGAGAAUAACAUGGGCCUCCAAGCCUGAUCAGAGUCUGGAUCUUCAGAUUGAUGUGGUGGCCCCCAUUCAUGAGGGGUAUUACAAGUGUGAAAUGGCAGAACCUAAUGGGAAUUACUAUCUUGGUUAUAACCUACAAGUGCUAGUGCCCCCUAAAGUGAACCUGUCUGUACACAAGAAUAGAACUGCGGUGUGUGAGGCCAUCGCAGGCAAGCCAGCUGCCCAGAUCUUCUGGUUCCCAGAGUGGGGUUGUGUCACUGAGACAAAAUCGCCCAGCAAUGGCACAGGAACAGUCAGGAGUACAUGUCGCUGUUUAAGUAGUAAUGUAACUGUUGUGACCUGCUUCAUCUUCCAUUUGACUGGCAACAGGAAUCUGUCCAUAGAGCUGCCUUUUGGUGCCCAAACAGAAAAAAUGUAUAUUAAAUACGUCAUUUCCUCUAUUAUUCUUUUGAUCAUCAUGGGAUUCAUUUGUUUCUUGAAAAGCAGCAGCUUCAGAAAAUGUAAAUCAGAAAAGCCUGUAGACACUACUGCUGUUAUAGAGGAGGAUGAAAUGCAACCCUAUGCUAGCUACACAGAGAAGAGCAACACACUCUAUGACACCGCAAAUCUCAUGAGGAUGCCUCAACUGUCUGGUAGUAAGGUUAACCACAUGGGCCUGCCUACCUCACUGGUCACUGGAGUCUAGAACCAGGAGAAACGCAUCGAGAUACAUUGCAAUCGCUGUUGUCUUGUGCUUCUAGAAUGGAGGGCCUAGUUUGAAGUUAUUCUUUUUGGAAAAAGGUUUUUAGACCAUAAAGAUUCAGUGAAUGAAUUUUCAUUGAUAUCUAUCUACCAUGGGAAGUUUAGAAUCUUAGCUGCUGCUAGCUAGUUCUUUGAAGAACUGAUGUUAUUGUUACCAAGAAAUCAUAUGCUCAUUAAAUACUCAAAUUGUGCAAUAGAGUACAGAAUGGACACUGAGUUUCCUCCAGACUGACUUCUGAAAAAACAACCAUUAACAGUUUCCUAUGUGUUCUUCCAGAAAUUUCUUCUGUAUAUAUAACAUGUCUAUAUGCCUAUGGUGUACAUAUACAUUUAUAUCUGUUUACAUAUGUGUGUUUAUGUGUAUAGAUGGAUAUAUAUGUUUACACAAAAAAAUCUAUCAUCACAAAUGGAACAUACUUUAAUUCUGUUUUGUACUUCUGAAAAACUAAUAAUGUGAGUCUUGGAAAUCUUUUAUAUCCUGGAAAUCUCUUUAUAUCAGCACAAGCAAAGCUAUCUCAUUCUCUUAAUAGCUCAUACAUUUUACUGUCAUAGUAUAAUUAAUCACGGCCCUAGCAAUGGAAAUUUAGAACAUUUUAAGUUUCAUCCUGGUCUAAAUAAUAUACAAUGUUUUUUGUGGACACCUCUCUCUGUGAGGGUGUAUAUCUUUUGGAUAAUUUCCUUGAAUGGAGUUGUCAGGUCAUUUGGUAUGCAUUUUUGUUUUUGAUAGAUAUGUUGAAUUGUAUCAAUUUACAUUCCUCCAACAGUGUUGGAAUGUGCUUUUUUGUGUAUUCUCAUUUUUGUAUCUGCAAGAUCUCUUCUUUUUAGUUUCUAUUUUCCUUUUCUCAUUAACAAGUUGGCUAAUAAGA